AUGACCAAAAUGCCUCUUCCAUCAUCACAUUAUUUCUUCUUCGCCAUCUUCCUCUCUUACACUCUCCCUCCCACUCUCCAAGUUCCCCUCUUUGCUCCAAUAUCAAAAGACCCUUCCACGCAACUCUACACACUCUCUCUCUACCUCAAAACCCCACUCCAACCCACCAAACUCCACCUCGACCUGGGUUCCUCCUUCACCUGGCUCCUCUGCGACUCCACCUACACCUCCUCCUCCUACCACCACAUUCCCUGCAACUCCUCCCUCUGCGCCUCCUUCCACUCCACGGCAUGCUCCAACUGCUUCCACCCACGUGCCCCUAACUGCGCCAACGAUACGUGCGCUCUCUUCCCCGAAAACCCCCUCACCCGAACCACCCUCCUGGACAACGCACUCAUCGAUUCCCUCGCUCUCCCCACCUCGGACGGGUCAACUCAGGGCCCACUCAUUCUCAUCUCCGAUUUCAUCUUCUCAUGCUCUUCAUCCUCUUUACUCCAAGGCCUAGCCACCAAUGCUGCAGGCCUAGCUGCAUUGGGCCGGUCCAGUAACUCACUCCCGGCCCAAAUCAGCGCCGCUUUGUCCUCCUCACUGUGCUUCGCCCUAUGCUUACCCGCUUCAACCUCAAGCCCAGGCGCGGCUUUCUUCGGCUCCACUGGCCCUUAUUUCACUUCUUCCAAAAUUGACCUCUCCAAGUUGCUUAAUUACACCUCGCUCAUUGUAAACCCCGUUGGGGACACCGUUAUCACUCACGACGCGCAACCGUCCGAUGAGUAUUUUAUAAACCUCACCUCCAUUCUAAUCAACGGUCACGCUGUUCCCAUCAAUUCCUCUAUCUUGACCGUUGAUAAGAACGGAUUUGGUGGAACUAAGAUCAGCACCGCCGAGCCCUACACAGUUCUGGAAACUUCCGUGUACAAACUCUUCGUAGAGCGUUUCGCGAACGCGUCCGCAGCUUUCAACUUAACGGUGACAGAAGCCGUCGAGCCGUUUGGGGUGUGCUACCCUGCGAAAGACCUGACGGAGACGCGGGUUGGACCCGCGGUGCCGACCGUUGAUCUUGUUAUGCAGAGCGAGGACGUGUUCUGGAGGAUCUUCGGGGGGAAUUCGAUGGUGAGGAUUGAAAGGGAAGGAGUGGAUGUGUGGUGUUUGGGCUUUGUGGAUGGUGGGAGCCGUAGGAGGACGCCCAUUGUGAUUGGCGCGUAUCAGAUGGAGGAUAAUCUCCUGCAGUUUGAUCUUCAUUCCAACAAACUCGGUUUUACCUCAUCUUUGUUGCUACAAGCUGCCACGUGUUCUGAUCUCAAUGUCGCUAAUUUUUACAACCACACAAAAUAA